AUGGAUCGCAUCAUAAAUCCUACUGAAGAUGCUAAGAAGCUGUCAGCCCUCACCUGCGUGGAUAACCACGUGAAGAGCGAUCAGGCGGUUGGAAUUGGCAGUGGGUCGACGAUUGUUUACGCAGUGCAGCAUCUGGCAGCGAAAAUUCGAGAGGGGAAGCUUAAAAACGUGGCUUUCGUACCUUCGUCCUUUCAGGCGCGUCAGUUGAUCAUCGAAAACGGUUUGACGCUGAGCAGCUUGGAAUCCUUUCCCAUCCUUGACGUUGCUAUCGACGGA